AUGCACCUCUCAGAAGAACAGAUCAUCAUGACUUUCGACCAAUUAGCUCGAGAAGUCGUCCUGGGUUAUGGUCCCUAUGAAUCAGUCCGAUUGGAGUGUGAUGGGUAUCCUCUAGAGUUCCGUAUCUGCCCAACCCUCUCGAGAAAGCCCAACGCCAUAGGCAAAAUGCUUGAUGCAUCAUUUGACCUCAGUCGCAGAUGGAGUCCAGGAAGCGAUCGUCUCAAGAUCACAGUACUGAACAACACGCAUGAUCUUUCCGUGAAUCUAUUCUGCGUCGAUAGGCCGCAAUUGCUAUUACUGACGCUUGAUUCAUAUCGUCGCCAGCAUGAGCCUCUGGAUUCAGACGACUUCAAUGCGGCUCUAACUCUGAUUCGCGAUCCUCCCUCCAUAUUCGGUAUAUUCAUCGGUGGAGGUGCGGCAGGCUGCAGUCGCGUACGCAAACACAUGCAAGGCCUGCGAGGCCCGCCGUUCGCCUUUGACCUGUUUACCAGCGAAGAUAAGAAGACAAUACCUUUCAAGUUUUAUUCUCAUCAGUUUGUCGAUGGACUUGGUGUAACAACGGCGUCUGAUCCUGUGGAAAUGUACGAAGUCCUUCUGCGUCAAUCAAGGGAUGCAUUGAGCUCCUAUGGGUUGCAAGAAACGGAACCAUCAUCUGCUAAUGCUGGUGGCAUGAUGGGCUCUAUAUGGGUUUCAGAGAAGAGAGUGGCCGAUGCCUGGGCGGAGUUGGGAUACAGAAAUGUUUUCGAGACUCUUGGAGUUCCUCGAUGA